GUUCCGUAUGUAACAUAUAGGUGUUAACGUGUUGUUUAAGUGAAUAAAGAUUGCAUUAAAUACAUUUUUUUAUAAACUUUUUAAUAUUGUGUUUAAAUUAGUGUAUUAUAUAAAUCUAUAAAGAUGGUAAAUUCUUGUUCUGCAUACGGAUGUACAAAUAGACAGUCAACAGGAAGUGGUUUACAAUUUCAUCGAUUUCCAUUAAAUAAGCCUGGAGUUUUAAAAAAAUGGAUAAAGGAAGUACGCAGGAAAAAUUUUAAGCCAACAAAGUAUAGUUUUCUAUGUAGUGAUCAUUUUCUUGCUACGGAUUAUCAAAUACGACCAGGUGCCAGCAAGGGAUGGCUAAAAGAAGAUGCAUUUCCUUCAGUGUUUAAAGGAUUUCCAAAUCACCUUCAAAAACCUCCUCCAUCCAAAAGACGUUUAUUGUCUAGAGUAAUUGAGAAAGAGAAAAAGGCUGAUGAUAUUGAGAACAUGCCAAGUACAAGUACUACACCCGACUUAUCUGAGAUAUCUGAACAGAAUGCAAUGCAAUGUGAUGUGGUAAAUAUUGAAUAA